CAUGUUUCAAUAAAUGUUAGUACAUUUGGAUGGUGCAAGAGGCCCUAGGCAAGACGACGAGUAUUCCUACAUUACUCACAAAAAAUUACAGCCUUCUUCGUCGGGGAGCGCAAAAAAUCAGUAAUUACUUGUAUAUAUAACAUAUGGGCAACCUUAGUUUUGUUAACGAGUAUGGCGUGCAAGGCGAUGGAGGACCAACACAUGCCAUGGCCACCGAUGGUACCUUCCUUGCCUACGCACUGCCCGGCGGCCCCACAGUGGAGGUGCGCUGCCUCCGACCCAUGUCCACCGCGCCCGUGCGGCUGCAGUCGGGGCUGCAGGAGCUCCCCGUCCUCAGCCUCUGCAUCGGCUCAGGGCACAUGGGCACCAGCGACCCCUCCCCCUCUCCCUUCCCUGGGUCCAGCCGCGGCCCCGCUGCUGCCGCCGCCUCCGCGCCCACGCUGCUGUUCUGCGGCAGCUCCGACUCGGUGGUGGCUUGGAACCUGACGGGCGUGUACGACGCAGUGGCUCGGGGCCACCCGCCGCCGCCAGCCAUCCAGGUCAUGUCGGGGCAGGGCCCCGUGUUCGCGCUGGGGCACAGCAGCCGGCUGUCGCUGCUGGUGGUGUGCGCGGGGCAGGACGUGCACGUGUUCGAUGUGCACACCUUCCGACACGUGUACAGGCUGGACGGGCACACCGCGGACGUGUUGGCCGCGUCCUUCUGCCCCCCGCCCGCCAGCCCCCACCUGCUGGUCACCGCCGGGGCGGACCGAACCUUCAAGAUAUGGGAUCUGCAGGCCGGCAGCCUGGUGGUGCAGUCCGCGGUGCUGGGGCCGGCGCCGCUGACCUGCCUGGCGCUGGAGCCCUCGCAGCCGCCCCGACUGGUGCUGGGGGCGGCGGACGGCACCCUGCGCUUCUUCGACCUCUCCUCCCUGCCCGCGGCAAGGCUGCUGCAGACAGUGGAUGUGGGGCGGCAGGUCAACCGGGCCAUGAGCGCGGCUGCUGCUGCUGCGGCGGCGGAGGCGGCAGCGGCGGCCGCGGGUCCCAAGGUCAUCAGCAGCCGGCCCGCUUGGAAGGCGGCGAUGGGGCUGCAGCGCCAGCCCUCAGGCUCCUACAGUGACCUGGGCGGCGGCGACGGCGACGAAGUCGACGAGGACGGCGACCGCUCCGAGGGACUCAGCAACACCUACAUCCUGCAGCUGGCCUACGCAGCGCCGCCUCCGCCGCCCUCGCCCCCGCCGGGCGCCCAUGCUGCCCACAUGCUUCUGCCCGACAUCCUGGGCCCUCCCGGCCAGCCGCCGCCGCUGCUGCUGCCCGCCUGCCCCUCACUCCUGGUGGCCAUGCCGGGAGCGCUGUCCGUACUGGAUACCCGCUCCUACGAUGUCGUUGAGGCGUUCCUGCUGGGCCGGCCGGAGCCUGCGGGCGCUGCAGCGGCGGCGGCGGGGGCGGGGGUUGUGUCAGGCAGGCAGAGGCCCGACGGAAGCGGUGUUGUAGCACUGGGGGGCGGCGCUCUGGCGGCGCCUCCGCCGCCUCCGCCGACGCUGCGGCCGCGGCUGGCGCUGCGUGGGGUGCCGCGCGCGGAGCCUUGCGGUUGCGUUGCGUUCGCCCCGACGAGGGGGACUGGGCCGGCGGAGGAGGACGCG